CUGAGUCUUCUGUGUGUGAGGAGUGGAGAUGAUGGAUGCUCCGCCGCUGACUACCGGCUGUGUGAGUGAGAUGGAGGCCGGUAGAGAUGAAGAGGGAGAGGCUCGGGAGGAGAGCAAGGAGUGCCAGAGACUUGCUGCAGAGAGAGAUGAGGCUGAAAGGCAACUCAAGCACAUAAAACGAGUUUCCCAAAUGGUGAUCGAGGAGGUGAACGUACUACAGACCCAGCUUGAGAUUGAGAAAUCUUGCCGGGAAAAUGCAGAGGCUCUGGCUACCAAGUUGAACUGUGAGAACAAGAAGUUGAAGUAUUUGAGCCUGUCAUCGCGGCCAUGUCUGGACGAGCUGCUGCCCAGUAUUUCUGAUUGCAUUUCCCUAGAAGAGGAGACUGAACAACAAGAUCCCAGUUCUGACCCCUUUUCUCAGUAUAAGCUGCAGGUCAAAGAUCUCCAAGAAACCGUGAGUUCUUUGCUGGAGGAGAAGAAGCAGUUGGCAUGUAAGCUUCAAGAGCAGCAAAGGAAGAUAGACGAGUUGACAGCACUUACUGAAAAGGAGCAGGCUGAGAUGAAGGAGCUUUAUAAAACCAUUGAGCAGCAAAGCAAGACCAUUAAGAGGUUCAACAGGGUGUCUUUGAUGGCCACUCAGGAGUAUGAAAACAUGAAGGAGCAUCUGGAUUUGGAGCAGAGCCUUCGGCACAAAGCAGAGACCUAUGCACAUGAGAUGGUGGUGAAGCAAAAAGAAGCAAACAGACAGAGCAUGAUUCUGCUACAACAGGUAGAUCCCAGCAUUCAACUGCUCAAAGCUUUGGAAGAUUUGGCCAAUGUGACCAAAACAUUAGAAGAAGAGAGAAUACAGCACCAAGACAAGGUAAAGGCUCUAGAGGCUGAACUGGAAGAAUGUGCUUUGCGUAAGCAGCUAGUUCAUCUGCAAAGGCAACUAGAGAUAUUAGAUGAAGAAAAGAAAGACACGGAGGGACGACUGCAGGAGGAAGAGAAGAAAAACAGUGUUUUGGAAAUGAAAGUGAAAGAUCUGCAGGAGGAGAGGAGGAGCUGUGAUUCAGCAUCAGCCCCCUCCCCUGGGACCGCUCCUCCCCCGGCCCCUCUUCCUCAACCACCUCCACCUCCCCCACCCCCUCCUCCUCCACCUCCCCCACCUCCUCCAUCUCGCUGCAACCCCCUCAGCUCUCUCAUUGCGAUUAUGAGGAAAUCUUCCAAGGGAGGUAAAGGAAGCCCAAAACAAGAGCAAGCCCCAGUAACUGAAGCUGUGGAUGACGUUAAAGUGAAAGCCGUCAAUGAGAUGAUGGAGAGAAUUAAACACGGAGUGGUACUCAGGCCUGUGAAGAGUCAGGACACUAAGAGAUUUGGCACGAAGCAGCCGAUGCCAGCAGCAGUUGCAGUGGCAACAGUGGAGGAAAAGCACCAAGAAAGUGCAAUGGAAGAGCUGAAAGGCAUUCUGGAGACGGUGAAGAAGAGUCCCAGUCGUGGGUUUCAGGAAGUGGUUCACACUAAAAAGGACAGUGAACUGGAAGUAAUUCUGAGGAGGAGACGCAAACAGGCCUGUGAUCCUGACACAGAAGAUGAUGGGCAGCUGAGUAAAGUCUCGUCAUCAAACAGCCUGAACGGACGACACAGUUCUGACUCUGGCAAAGACACAGAAGGGCCAGGCAGCAGCUCUCUGUCAGGCAGUGAGCGCGGAUCAAGAACCAGCUCAGACUCGGGCCGAGAGCCAGCCAUGGCUCCACAGGGCUCCGAUUCUGGCAUGGAGUUCAAAGGAGGCGCUCAGACAGACAGUGUCUGCAGAUCUCUCUCUGAGAAAGAGCCCAUUGAGCCGGCCACCAACGGCUGCUGUUCAGGUGAAGUGAAGGAUGGAGGUCCAGAGAAGUGGGACAGUGGGUCCAACGGGAUUGGCCAUACGGAUGCAAGUGAAGACCUGCAAACCAUCAGCUCCUCUGCACAAAGCCCCAAUGCAGCAAAGAGUAGCACAGACGCCGAAUGUUAACGGCAAGUGGCGCUGCAAGGACCGCUGCAUUUUUGCACAAAACCAUGCUUUCUAAAUUAGUUUGUUCCAAAUUUAAAAUCAGCUGGUCAUAUUUCAAAAUAUUAUAGAAAGUUCAUUUCAUCAUUUGCAGCUUGAUUAUAAUUACAUUGAAACAAAAAACAUCUUACCAGACACUUUUUUUCUUCUUCAUUCCUCUCAUUGACAAUGUACUGUAUCUGCCUUUACCUAUAAUAAACACAGGGUGUUUAGAUGUUAGGGACAUCUGUCAUAAACUUUAGAUUAAUUCUAUAGUUGCUAUUAGAUUCAUCUUAGAUUCAUGGAUUCAACAUCUGAGUCGCAUUUCCAUAAAAAUGCAAGCAAGGAAACUUUAACGAUGAAGUGUGUAAUUCUGUGCCACUAGCAGCAGAAUUUGAGUCUUUUUUAGUGAUCUGGAUCCUUUAGCAUUCCCUUUCAUCUCAAUUAUUCGGAAACGGUGGUCAUUUGGACCCCAUUCACUUUCAUUGUAUGGACAAGAGCAGUUGAAACAUUCUUCCUAUUUGUUUGACAGAAUUAUACCUUAAAGAUAGAUACAUUUUGCUUGCUAACCAGUCAAACCUUGAUGCCUCAGGCCCAAUUGACAAUUCUCAAUCAACGUGUGAGUUUGAGGUGAAUAAUGGCAGAUGCUGCAAGUAGCACAGAAUUGACUUCAGAUUAAAUGCAAAGCAUCAGAACAAUCCUGACAGAAUCACUGCACUGCACAUCAUGGCACCUUGUUCUUCUAAAAAGGUCCUAAGUGUGAACUAGACUAUCCAAACAUUAAUCAAGAGAUGCAAUUAUAAGCCAUGUAAUCGAAUUUACCAUAAAGAGGAACUGGUCUGUUCUGUCUACCUCUUAAGACACACCUCUUGGGGAUUUGAGAUCAUACAUCCUAGAUAUUAGGAAAAUAAAUACCAUCAAGUCAUGGAGGGCUACACACGCAUGUCUUCCGCCAUGGCGUUUCCAAAUAUUUGCACUGCAUGAAUGCACUGUACAAAAGGUUGACUUUGAUUGACAGUUGCGUCUUGAUUAGAUCCGCUCUCUAACUCUGAGCUGUUCCAAUGCAAUAUCAUCUGCAAAUUGUAAUAUUGUGCAGGAUCAGGAUGCCUCUAAUAACUGCGAAUAUUUGCCUUGUGACUCCUCUUGACUCUAGGUGGAUCAUGUUAAUGGUACGACGUGAGUAAUAUUAAUGAGACAGUUGAGUUCUGGCCGUCUCAUUUGUCCUGUUUUUAUCGCCCAGCUAACAGGUGACGUUCCUAGAUCUUUGGCUAAUGUUCUGUUAUGAAUAAAUGUUCUUCCUGUAACGUUUGUUCAAAAGUUAUCUGGCGUUUAACAACAUUCUUAAAAUGUUAUUUAUACAUUGUUCAUGGAACUUUUUUUCUGAAAUGUUUUAGUUUUUCAAAUGCUUUUUGAACGUUACUCCUUACUGCUCGUUCAGAGAAUAGACGACUCAAAAAGUAACAUUCUCAUAAUGUUUGCAAAAUGAUAAAAUGGAACGCUCCCUUAAUGUUUUCUGUAUAUUUGCAUAACCAAAAAAUUAAGAAAUUGAAAGUUUUUUUUUUCUUUUUACAUUUAAAAACUGGAUAUUUGAACACUAAGAGAAAAUACAGAAAAUAAUUUAAUGGGAACGUUAGAAAAACUUUCUUUGGGCUCUUUCACACAGAAUGUGCUUUGAUUCAUCUUCAAAAAACGUUGAACUUGUUUUAAUUUCAGCGCCACAUUUUAAGAGUGGUGUGUCAUUCGUGAGAAGCUGCAAAAAACGUGAGCACAAUGUCCGUCUACAAUGUGAUUACAUAGAAAAACAAUGGAAAAGUAAUGCAUUGGAAUGGAAAAGCACAUUCUGUGUGAACAGCCCCUUCGAAUUUUUGUUAGCUGGGUGGUCUGAAGUCUUGAUAUCAGGCUAUCUGACAGCUGCAAUAAUAUAUGGACAAUAAUUGCAAAUACUGAAUUACUUGUGGUUGCAAUUAUGUAUCACUUGUGAGAAAAUCUGAAUUGUUUUAUUAUACUUGUUUUCACACUGUCAUCUUUCAAUUUUUAAUAACCCACAUUGACGUGACUCAUGUACACUCUUUUUUAUCGUAGGAGACUUGUUUAAAUUGCUCCUUGAUUUCUCACCACCUCUGGAAUGUGUUUUGGCCUUAAUGUUUGCACCACUUCUUCCUUUCCGGCCUUAUUGGAGUGUAGGAUUUUGUAUAAGAACUCUGAGAGGUGAUUUAUCUGACUUGUGAUGUUGAAAUGAGUGUGUUUUGAAGCUUAACCUGAGUGUACCUGUUUUUAUUUGAACUGAUCGAAACCUUCCUCUUCAACACCUUUUAAACUCAACUGAAUAAACUUAUGAAAAAA